AAUGGCCGGAUUAACACUGCUGUUCGGCCUAAUCCUGGCCAGCUUCUGCGCGUGCUCCUCAAACGCCGCCGAUACCGCCCAGAUACUGAGAUACGAUAAUGACAACUUGGACAGCGAUGGCUAUGCCUUCUCGUAAAUUCGAGACCAGCGAUGGUAUCUCGCGCGAGGAGAGAGCCACACUGAAGAAUCCUGGUACUCCCGAGGAGGCAAUCGCCGUCCAGGGCAGCGUCAAUUGGGUGGGACCCGAUGGUGUCCACUAUAAGCUGAACUAUCUGGCCGAUGAGAACGGUUUUCAGGCUCAGGGCGAACAUCUUCCGCAGGUGGAGCACUGA